UUUAUUUGUUUCACGAGUAUGGUAUAGAAAAUCCAAUCAUGAAUAACAAAAACCUCUCACAGAACUCAGACAAAAAGACCAACCUUAUUAUUAUAAGCCCAGGAGAGUUAGCGAAAUUAGGACUUUUCAAAGAUGUUCCGACUUUACCAUCCACAUCUAGCCAAAAAACCAUUAAAAAACGCAAAAAUAAUUCGAGUGCUAGUAGUUCAACUGCCUCACAGAAACAAUCUGAGAGUACUUCGAGUGACACUGUGAGGACUGAACAAAAUGGAAACAUUUUCAAGAAACCUGAGACUAGUCUCAAGCAGAGAAAAACUCCAGUUACAUCCAAACCUAUAGAAAAUCAAAAACUUCUGGGAAAAAAAGUUCUGAAGAAUAAUCUGGAAGAAAUUAAAAAAAUUAUGACUGAAUCCAUAAUAUCAAGAUUACCAAAGAGUACAACUCUUCCCGCCAAAACGGUGAAGAAGAAGGAAGUUAAGGUAAUCAGCGACAACCUAGUUAGUUUAAAUAGCAAAGAAUUGAUGAAUAUUGUUAGAAGUGCUACUGUAAAAAAGGAUUGUGUUCCAAAGGAGGAAGAAAGCUUUUCAAAGAUAAAACUGAAGAUAACAAAUGAGUCAUUUGGGAAUGAAAGUAAAUAUGUUGGUGAUUUGAACAAAGCUGUGGAUCCGAGAACAGAUUCCGUUCCCUCCACUGUUGUUACAUAUAUUGAUCAGCAAAUAGGCUAUUCCAAAAAUUUUCAGAUGGAAAGUUCUGAAAAUCAGGUAGGUAUUACUUUAGAUGAAGAGUUGGAGAAAUCAGAGAUUCAACAAAAAUUUAGUCAAGGGAAAAAUGAUAUUUCUAUUGCUAAUAAAUGUGACCAAAUAAAAGCAGUUCUCCCGCAGUCAGGUUCAACUUUUGAUAAGGGUGGUGAAACAAAUACUGCUGUUAUUACAGCAAAUAAUUUAGAACCCAACAAGUACAUAGAAUCUAAUUAUGUUGGACAAUUAUCACAAGAUAAAGAUGAAAAAGGUUUUACCAAAAACCUUGAUAAGGAUUCAGAAAAACACGUGACAGUUGGCCUGGCCGGAAUCGUUAAUUUACAAAAUGAAUUGGGUAGUUUCAAUGGAAAAGAGAAUAAUUUUUUGAAUACUUCACAUAAGAAUACAGAAAUUUCUAUGGAAAAUUCUGUAGACUUUCCCGUUUCUGAAGAAGAGCUGGACUCCGCUUCCGCAAUAUGCCAAGAAAAUGAUUGUGAAAAAUUUAAGAACCAUGAAUUAGAUGGUACUUCAUUUUCAAAUGAUUUGAUGAUAAAUGAUUCAGAACUCAACCAGGCUGUUGAGACGUUAAUGAAAAAUUCCUCUAAAGAUUCUCUCAAGUAUUUGGGAAGAGAUGGACAAGAAGAAUCUGUUUCAGAUCUAAUACAUACAUCAACAAUAACUGAAAAGAAAAGCAUUGAAUUGACUUCACAAGUUACUUGUGAAAAAGUAUUCCCUAAUAAGAGAAGACGAUUUUCCAAAAAGCCGGUACUGAUUGAAAGAAAGAAAAAUGAAUCUUUUAUUAAUAAUACUCCAAAAGUUCUUCCUUAUGUUUUAACAAAUCCUUCAGAACUAGAUGAGAGUACUGAUCAACUGGUGAUUGAGAAAAAGCAACAUUCCAACAAACCUGAGAAUAUACAAAUAAGAAAAAUAAGACAAGAUGAAGAUAUUCUGUCCAUUUCAGAGGUACACCCUGAUCGGUCUUCAGAAGAUUCUUUCAAAAAUUUGAAUAGUGACGGAAAAGAAGAUUUGGAGAAAGAACCAGCCGAAACAUCAAAAGAGAGUAUAUCUUUGGAAAUCAGGGUAGAUGAUAAAGAAUACACAAAUACAACUUUAAAUGAAAAAAUUGACCUUAUACAGAGUCAGAAUAAGAAUGUAUACAACAGAAGACGAUAUUCCAAGAAACCCAUAUUGAUAACGAAAAAAAAAAAUAUUCCAGAAAUGGUUCCUUCUGAAAUUACAACACUUGCUUCUACUGUCGAAAGAAGUAUUGAAAUCGGUAUCAAAAACCCUGUAAAAGAUUCAGUUUUCAAGGAACAGCAGAUUUUUCCCCACAUUUCAGUAUUACACAAAGAUAAAGGCUUUGAAUAUUCAAACAAGAAUAUAAGUAAUGAGGAAAAAAGUUCGGAGGAAAAUUCCUCAGAAGAUGUAGGAGAAAUGCCAAAUGAAAACGAGAAUAACUCCCAAGAAAUCAAAGAUAGUAUGAAUUCGGAUCAAAAUGGAACAUUAGCUGAACAAAUUGAUCUUUCUACAGUUCAAAAUGAAAAGUUUUCGAUUAGGAGAAAACGGCAACAUAAAAUACCCGUACUUGUAAAGAGAAAAGAAGAUGAGGCAGCAACAGACAAUUUAAAAAAUAUUACAAUGAAUAAUUUAGAACUCGACAAUAGCGUUGCAGUUUCAACAAAAGUUCAUGUUAGUCAAUCAGUUUUUAAAGAUCAACAGAACUGUUUUCCAAACAAAGCUUCUGAAGGUUCUGGUAAAGAUUCUGAUAAAAGAAAUGAACUGAAAAAAGAAAUAGCAGAAACUGUGUGUACUUCAAAUGUACUGAAAAUACCUAGAGCAUUGUUCACUGAAAACGAUAUUGAUUCCUUACAAAUCAUCAAAAAUACGAGAGAAGAAAAUAACGUGAAUGUCACAGACAACAUUGAAACAGAUGCCACAGAUAUUAUUAAGAGUUUUGAUAUCAUCAAUAAAAAUUCUCUGAAACAUUCACUCCCCACCACAGGGGAGAUUGAAAGAAAAUAUGAAAGUACAAUAAACCAACCAAUACAAACAUCUUCAGACGAAUCAUCGCUCGUAGAAAAGCCUUUUGUAAAGCUUGCCGAAGAUGCAGAAUCUAUUAUUUUACCAAAGGUUGUUAAGAAAAGAGGAAGACCUAGAAAAAAAAACCUGGAGAGUUCAAUUCUGGACGUAAGUAUAGAGUCAGUUGGAAUUCUAAAUAAGACUGAUUGUAAUACUGCACCAAAAAAAGAAAAACAUGUUGGUAGCUUUAUUGAUAUUGAAAAAAGCAAUGGAAAAAAUAUUGACAAGUCAGUUGGUCAGUCAACAUCAGAUUUUUCAUUUACUGUGAAACAUUCUCCAACUCCUCUGAAGAAAAGAGGACGACCUAAGAAAAGUAUUUUACGAGAAGAAGAAAAGAAAAAAUCAAUCACUUUCACAACGGAUAAUGACAAAACUGGGAGGGCACUUUCAGAAGUUAAGAGGGAAGAAACAGAACAGCUAAAUGCAACUCCGUUUGCUGAUAAUUGGAAAGCUGAGGUUUCAGCCUUUAUUUCAGAUGAAAAUGCUGAUUGCCCUUUGAGCAUUGUGAAAAAAAAGGGCAGACCGAAAAAACAAUCAUUUGAUGAGAAAAACAACAUGAAACUGGAAUGCAUUCAAGUGGAUGGUGAAAAGAAGAUGGAAAAUCUAGAAGCUGGUGAGGCCAUCUUGAACACAGGAAUGAAACUAGGAAGUGAAGAAAUGUUUGACAAUGUACAAUUAGAUUCAUUGGCAAAUGUUAAUGCUGAAUCUACUUUCACAAAUGGUUCUACCAAGAUUCCCAAGAAACGCGGGAGGCAAAAAAAAAAAGUCAAAAGUGAUCAUAUAAUAUCAGAACCUGUUUUAACACAUCCUAUGGAAGAAUCCAUGAGAGGCAGGAAGCGCAAAAGGGUAGAUUACCUUGAAUUGGAAGACAGGGGAGUGAACAUUCUAAAAAGAGGACAAUCACAAGAACCCCAGAAGAAUAGUUCUUUCGAUAAUGAUGAUAAUUUUAUUCCUACAAAAAAAACUUCUGGGAAGAAAAAAUCAAAAGUGUCAGAUUCUCUGAUAGAAAUAGACAGGAGAGGCGAAGAAAUACCACUGAAAAAUGAAGCUGAGAAUAAUAUAAUUAAAUCUGAAGAUACCACAGUUGGUACUGUAAAUGCAGAUGUUGAUACUGUAAAUGCAGAUGUUGAUACCAACUCUAUAAUCAUACCUAUGGACCCAUCAUCUGUCAUUCCAGAAAACGAACAAACAGAUAGGCAAAGUAAUGAAGAUGUCACUGAGAACAGCAAUGUUACCGUUAAAAAUAAAUACACAUUUAAUGGGCACACCAGCUAUAUGAUGAAUUCAGUAUUUUCAGCAGCUUUUGGUGGUGAUUCGUCUCCAAGUACAAGUUCUCAGGAUUCCACAAAGAAAAAAAGAAAGGGUCGCCCUAAAAAAGACGCUGUGAAUACAUUCAGUGAUGAAGUUGAAGUCACUUGUGUUAUUUGUUCAGAAAUAAUGCCAAAUAGAGAAUGGUUUUUACAUAAUGUAACAAAACAUAAUAACUUAGCCUGGCGCAAAGGAGAAUCUGCACUGAAUUUAGAUGAAGACUCGGUUGUCAAAAAUAAACUGAAAAUUAUACUACCAAAAAAUAAAAUUUUGACCUGCCAAAAGUGUGAACAAUCGUACAAAGAUGUGAAUGGUUUUAUAAUUCACAGAGAAGAAUGUGAAGGCAUUCUUGUUAAUGGUUUGGUAACAUGUGCUGUCUGCAACUUGCAAGUGGAGCGCAAAAAUUGGUUAAAUCACAAGAUGAAACGUCACAACAAUCUCGCUUGGAGAGUGGGAGACUUUCCACUGGAUCUAAACGACAAAGAAUAUGUUUUAUCCGUUCUAAAUAACAUGUACAAAAUGAAGAAGCCUUUGUUCUGCGACAGAUGUGAGACGGUCAAGAAAUCUGUCAUUGGUUUUUUAUCGCAUCGAUCCCAAUGUGGUGACCAUGAAGCAAAAGUUGCUUGUGACAUAUGCAGAAAAAUGGUUUUGCCCGUCAGCAUGCCAAGUCAUAUAAAACUCUAUCAUGAAAAAGCUAAGGAGAGUCCAAACCAAUCCAAUUAUUUCAGUGUGGAUUACAAAAUUAGCGACCACAAGAGGAAAGCUGCUAAAGAUGCUUUGCUGAUCAUUGAUUCCUUGACCAAAAGAACAAUGAAUAUGGACGAAUCACAAACAGUGGCAUACAAAAAGAAUCCCGUGGACUUCAAAGAGGAACAGUUUGUGAUUGCUCUUUUAGAAAGUGAAUUGAAAAAAUGCCUGACAAUAAAGUGCAAAUUUCAAAAUUGUAUUUUCUGGACUGAUAAUGUGGAUACAAUUGUAGACCACAUGAAUUCUUGUUCGAAUAAACCGGAGGAGUUUUAUAUUUGCACGGAAUGUUUUGUGAUACAAUUGUCGGAGGAAGAUAUUAGAAGUCAUAUAACAGAUAGUCAUGACUUAUUUUUACCCAUCGAGGACUGUGAAAUGGAAACAGAUUCCUUAUCAGGAGAAUAUCAUGAAAACGAACAAACAACUAAGAAAAUCAAGAGAAAAAAUGAUACAUCGAAGUUACUCAAAGAUAGUAGUUUCAAAGUGAAACCCUCAUUUAUCUGUAAUAUUCCAAAGAAAAAAAGAACGUUAUAUGCCAAAGCAUUCAGUACUACCUGGGAGUUUUGUUCAAAAUAUUAUAGUGAGCCAACACUUUUUGAUAAUUUCUGUUACUCUAAUUUGCGGUGGGAGCUUCUUCCUGAAGAGUUGGUGGAGACAUAUCUACCAGAGGAUGAAGAAUCUUGUGAUGUUGCCAGAAAAAGUGUUAGUGGAUUCGAAAACAUACUAGAACAAGAAACCGAAUUCAGAAAAUUUGACUUAUUUGAAGUAGUUCGUGAAGAUGUUCAUACUACUAUAUACUGUGGUGGACCAAUUAAUGCGUUGGCCUGGCUACCUACUCCUUACACUGCUAGAAAUGCCAAUCAAAUAUUAGCUGUGGCAGCGGGCAAAAAUUUCGAUGGGAAAUACAGUGUAAAACGCAACUACAAUGAACCGUCUGUGAUACAGUUCUGGGACUUUGGACUCUUAGCCAAUAAAGGACCAUACCCUGAACCAAGCCUGCUGUUUUUUCUAGCCGUUGACUAUGGUCCGAUAUGGUAUCUGGAAUGGUGCCCUUCUGGAUGUUAUGAUCAGACAGAAUCUGAAGUGGGCAGAACAGGUUUAUUGGCUGUAGCUGGGUCUGAUUUUUGUGUAUAUAUUUAUCUCAUCCCAAAGGUAACAGAGGAACAAAGGGAAUUAGUCUAUAGAGGGAAGCCAUUGUUGAGGUUGCAGAUAAUGCGCGAUUUGAGUGAGGUGGAUGACCCUUUUUAUCCUACUAGAAUAUCUUGGAGCAAAGCUUCAGGGCACAGACACGUCGCAGUAGGUUAUACGGAUGGUAUGGUCGCAUUAUACGAUUUGCAAACUACAUCACCGUUUUUGAGGCUAAGACUUGAUGAAGAUACAGAUGUGAUAUAUCCUUGUAAGAUAAUCCAAGCACACAGCCAUUACAUCUCAGUUCUUUCCUUGAUUCAUUUGGACGGCGGCACCAAAUAUUUACUGACUGGUUCAUUCGAUAGAUCUGUGAAGUUGUGGGAUUUGCCAAUAACUCAUGCGAUAACCACAAACGUCAAGAAAAUAGUAACUGAUGGUCAUUGGCUAACGAACUGGGUAUCUUAUGUGAUCACAAGCGAUGAAAGUAGCUCAGUUAACAAUUUGGCGCAUGCUACAAUUUAUCCCCAUCGAAACUACUUAUCAUCUCCAACCAUAAUUGGUUCCUCCCCAACAACAAUCACCAGUAUUACGUCCAGUGAUUGGUUAAAUGGCUUUGUUCACAGUAGUUCAGGUGGAGAAAUUGUGGCCAAUUUCCAACACCAGUUGUUAUACUGUUAUGAUUCCGUGAAGCAAAAGUACUUGAAUAAAUAUAUUAUUAGUUAUACCAAAUUAGUAGACAAACAUAAAUCCCCAGAAGUUGGGGCACUUGAGUAUGCCAAUAAGAGAAAGAUUCUCAAAGGAGUAACCAGAACUGAAGAUGAUUUACUUAAAACCAUGGAAAAUGUUCCUAGCUAUCAAUAUCCUGAGCCUCUAACCUAUGGAGGGGCAAAGCAUAAAUAUGGAUUAGUUUUUUGUGAUUUGAAAUUGAAUAGUUUCAAUGACUUUCCAGAGUCUCUUCAGAAGAAAUUCACUGGUCACCAUGAAGACCUAGAAGUAUCGAAUCCCACUUUAUAUUCCCUACAAAAGGCCAACAAAGUUUGUUACAAUCCUAAUUGCCAAGCAAGUUUAUAUUUCGCUACAGGUUAUCAGGCUGGAUUCGUCAGAGUGAGCUAUUUGAAGUUUUUGGAAAACGAUCCUCAGGUCAAACAGUCGAUGAAAUAAUUUUUGGAACAAUUUUUUAAUUGAAUAGAACUGUCCGAUACUUGAUGA